AUGGACUCAUCGACAUCUCAUCUGCCCACAAGUCACUCCACCGGCGAACUCUUCACCACGCCAGCAUCCACCGCCAGCUCCACACUCCUCGCCCAAUCCUCUCCUGACGCUUAUGCUAACGACCCUUGGUCACAUAAACCCCUCUCUGGCCAUAACUCUGUCGACGGCUUCGAGCCAGAUGCGCGCUUACAAGGAAACAUCAACGACUCAGCGUUGCCCCUCAUCUACCACCAGGCCUUCAAUGCCACCGAUCCCGCCAAUGGAACCGCUUCAAUCGCAAAUGUCCAUCGAGUCCUGGCCAGCAGUGGGGUCGGCGCCAGUGCCAUAGAACAAAUCCUCAGCGUCAGCUGUGGUCGCUCAUCACGAGUAUCUAAGCAGGAAUUCAGUAUUGCAUUGGCCGCUGUGGCCUUUGCUCAGCAAGGAAGAUCCCCAUUGUGUGUACAGCGGAUCAUCUCCAGAAAGGCAUCAUUCCCACUCCCCACACUGGACCUAGGCACAUCACUCAUCAACCCUGCAAGGACACAGGCUCAACGGUCUGCGUUUCCCGAAGAUCCAUGGUGCACAAGUCCCUCCUCAACCAUGAAGAGCCGAGCUGCCGAAGCUUCGACGAGUUUGCCAUUCCUGAUCGACCAGGCCGAGAUCUCUGCACCCAGAGCACCCGAGCCCCGGAUGAAUAAUCGGAUCGAACCCGACCCUCAAUUCUCAAAUUCACGCUUCUUGCCGAACUUCAACCCUCUAAUACGUGACUCAGUAUCGAUCAGAUUGAGUUCUCCCGAGGGAUGGCUUCUCAAACACAACGUCUAUACGGUCGAACACGAACGGAAAGGUACCAGUGUCCCACGAAGAUAUAGUGACUUCGUCUGGCUCCACGAGUGUCUUUUGAAAAGAUAUCCUUUUAGACUCCUUCCGAUCUUACCGCCCAAGCGGUUGGCCAUUUCUGGUCAUCAUCUUGUGGCAGGUGAUGACUCCCAGUUUCUAGAGAGACGGCGUCGGGGCCUGCAGAGAUGUAUGAACUUCUUGGUAAACCAUCCAGUGCUGUCGACGGACUCCAUCCUCACAACAUUUCUCAGUGAGCCCUCGGACCUAGCCACUUGGCGAUCGCAUUCGCGGGUCCAUCUGGUUGAAGAGUCAGUCACGACUCGUCUGACGCCGGCCGAAGAGAUGUCAAUUCCGGAAGACCUGGACAACCAUUCCGUGAACUUCCGAUCUCGAUUGCCGCUGAUGAUCGAGCAUUGGGGAAGGAUCUGCAACGGCUUGGAGCGGAUGGUGCGUCGGAACGAGGCGCAGAGUGUGGAUCUGACGAAGAUCCAGUUUGCGAUCGGAUCGGCGCUCGAGAGCGGGCGGGCGGCGUUGAAUAGUGAGCAGUCGGAAUGGACCCUGAAUGAGGUCCAACGGGCCGAAGAGGAGACCGAGCUCGUCGGCCAACAUAUCGGCAAACACGCCGAAAUCAUCGAGCACCGCGCCGGCCGAUUGAGCCUUUCCACCCAAGAACAAAUCCGAGCGCACAAGGAACUCUUCACGAACUUCGUCAGUCUCUUUGAGCGUAUAGACCGGCUCAGCGGGGACGACGUAGAUGAACGACUUAAGCCACGGGCGGAGUUGAACACGCGGAAGAUCGAAGCGGCCCGGGAGGCGCAGAAGCCGGGCUGGGAGGACGAAGUGGAUCGGCUAAAGAAUCUGGUCGAGCAGGAUCGCGCGGGGAUCGAGUUCAAGCUUCGGAGAAGGGUCUUUAUUCGCUGGUGUUUGUGGCAGGAAAUCGUCCAUACUCUGAGAGUCGCCAGUCUCAUUCGGUUCACUUGGAAAGAAUUCGUCGAUCAUGAGCGUCAAUUUUCCGAACGCUCGGUACGAAACUGGUCCGACUUGAUCGAGAUCAUUGAUAGUGUUUCUCUCUAA